ACCAAUCCCUAUUAAGUCGCUCCCGGGACGCGGCUCACAAUGAAGUUCGUGCCGGCAGGCGUCGUGCCCUUCGUGGCCCUGCUCCUGCUGCAGCGGCGGCCCGUGGCCGGCCGGGCGCUGCUGGUGACCGGCUCCGGCUGCCCCAGCCACGGCUUGUGCCGCUCCAACGUGCUGGAGCAGACCCGCAGGCAGGUGGCCGUGCUCAACGCCACCGCCCAGGAACUCUUCAGCCUCUACCUGAAGUGCCAGGGAGAGCCGUUCAGCAGCGAGAGUGACAAGCUCUGCAACCCCGCCGGCAUCUUCUUCCCCGCUUUCCGCAUCAACCGCACGAGCGAGAGGAAGGAGGUGAUGGUGGCCAUGUACAAGCUCUUCGCCUUCCUCAACGCCUCGCUGGGCAACAUCACGCGCGACCAGGAGGAG